UUCGUCGCCGAGAACGUUGUGGUGGCCGCGACCAGGUAUCACUUAAAACUUAACCGUGUAAUCAAAAUAUGUGUGAAAAUUACCGUUAUACGAGUGUUUCUUUGUUAUCUAUAAGUGAAUAAUAUUGUGACAGUUGUGUACAACACUUGUGUUAUGAAGUUUAGUGAAAGUUGACGGAGGUUUUCAAGGAACUCGGGUGUCUCGUCGCUUAUUUACCUCAUGGCGGGCUCCGGGGGCCUGUCAGAAUGGGCGGAGGGAGCCGCCGUGUGGUUCCAGCCGCCGGGGGCCGCCGCCCCGCUGCCCGGGGAGCUGGUCGAGGUGCACCGCGCGGCCCGGGUGCUGCUCGUCUCCGCCCACCUUAAUGGACAGCCUCAAACCUUUGCCCUACAAAUGGGCAAUGGUGAAGACGAAGGGGACCCCGUGUGGCCGCGGGAGGAGCUCGGCCCCACCGGCGUGGACGACAUGACGAGGCUCCACGACCUUCACGAAGCCGCUCUACUCUGGAACCUGAAGCUAAGAUACGAACAGGGCCUGAUAUACACGUAUGCGGGCUCCAUACUCGUGGCCGUCAAUCCGUAUAGACCUGUCGACGCGUUGUAUGGCUUGCAGACUGCAAGGAGGUACCACGCAGCAGAGGCGCUAGGCGAUCUCCCACCACAUUUGUUUGCCAUAGCGGCGGCUGCGCGCGCGGCGCUUCCCCAGCCUCAAGCCAUACUCAUCUCGGGCGAGUCCGGCGCGGGCAAGACUGAGUCCACCAAGUUGGCGGUCCAGUUCCUCGCCGCAGUCGCCCCCGCGCCGCCUGGUAGGGCUCCCGUCUCCGAACAAAUCUUAGAAGCGGCCCCCUUAUUGGAGGCCUUCGGAAAUGCAAGAACACCAAAAAACCACAAUUCUAGUCGAUUUGGAAAACUCUUAGAAUUGUACUUUAAGGAUGGCUCUCUCGCGGGAGCGAGAGUGGCCCACUACUUAUUGGAGAAAUCCCGUAUAGUCACACAGUCUCCUGGGGAGAGAAAUUAUCAUGUAUUCUAUGAACUUCUAGCCGGCUUAGAUGAAGAACAAAGGCGAUCCAGAGGUCUCCUCACAGCUGAACAUUAUUUCUAUUUGAAUCAAGGAGGAGACUCCGGCGGCGCAGGCGCUGGCGCCGACUGGUCCGCGCUGUGCGGUGCUAUGCAAGUCCUCGGCAUCGGUGACGCCGAACGAGAAGACAUAAUAAGAGUUUUAGCAGCUGUCUUGCACUUAGGAAACGUAUAUUUCCACAGAAGACAAUUGCGACACGGACAGGAGGGUGUGCAAUUAGGUGGCGGGGCUGAAGUGCGUUGGGCUGCACAUUUAUUGAAGGUCCCAGCCGAGGCGAUGGCCAGGGCGCUCACCACACGGGUCACUGCGGCGAGGGCGGAGCGCAUGAGGUCACCACUGCCCAUAGACCAAGCCUUGGAUGCGAGAGACGCGUUCGCUAAGGCUCUGUACUCGUCGCUGUUCAGCUGGCUAGUUCUACGAAUCAACUCGAUAGUGCACCGCGCUGGCUUACACGAUGCUCACAGAAUUUCUCUCCUGGACAUCUUUGGUUUUGAAGACUUGGAAGAGAACUCUUUUGAGCAACUAUGCAUUAACUACGCUAACGAAACGCUGCAACAUUAUUUCAAUAAGCACAUAUUUAAGUUAGAGCAACAGGAAUAUCAGAAAGAACGUUUGGAAUGGUCGAACUUGACUUGGAACGAUAACUCUCCAGUAAUACAACUGCUGAGCAAGAAGCCAGUAGGGAUCCUGCACCUACUGGACGACGAGAGCAACUUCCCGCGCGCAUCAGACGCCUCCUUCCUAGAGAAGUGCCAUUACAACCACGCGUUGAACGAGCUUUACUCAAGACCUAGGUUAGGAGCGAGUGAAUUUGGGAUCAAACACUACGCAGGCCAAGUAUGGUACAACGUGGAGGGUUUCCUCGACAAGAACCGUGAUGCCCUCAGAGCCGACGUGCUAGAGUUGCUAUGUAGCAGUGAAGUGCCCCUGGUAGCUGAGAUGUCCACGCAGCUGAGGGCACAGCAUGAUGCGAACAAGACCCUGCCUAGAGGCGCCAAUGGCAGAUUCGUUACGAUGAAGCCAAGAACCCCUACGGUGGCUGCUAGGUUCUCAGACAGUCUCCACCAGCUCCUAGAAUCUAUGUCUCGAUGCAACCCGUGGUUCGUGCGCUGUAUCAAGCCAAACACCGACAAAUCUCCUAUGAAAUUCGACAUGCCUUGCGUGCUAGCCCAGCUGAGGUACACUGGCAUGUUGGACACCAUCAAGAUCAGACAGACUGGAUACCCUAUCAGGAUACCUUUCCAGAACUUUGUGGAUAGAUACAGGUACCUGUUGAAGUCCACUCCAUCUCGUUCCACGCCGUACCGGGAGAUUUGCAACUCCAUACUCGCUGAGAUGCCGCCCACCGGAGCAGUCGGUGCUGAUUACCAGUUGGGUGCUGCUCGAGUGUUCAUAAGGGAAGCUUUACACCGCGCGCUGGAGAGAGCGCGAGCCGACAAACUUCGUGCAGCCGCUACGAAGCUUCAGGCACACUUUAGAGGAUAUUUAGCGAGGAAACGCUACCAACAAGUGCAGGACGCCACAAUCCGCCUCCAAUCAUGGUGGCGCGGCGCCACCACGCGUCGUCGCUUCGUGCGCGUGCGCGGCGGCGUAGUGAAGGCGCAGGCGCUGGUGCGGGGCCGGCGCGCACGCAAGCGGUAUGCGGCCUUGAGGGAGCAGCAUAGGAGACGCGCUGAGGCUCAGCAGUUGGCAGCUAAGCGUCGAGCAGCCGAACAGAAAGCAGCUCAAAAGGCGAAAGCCGAGAGCUUGCAAGUGCUGGAGGUGCCGGCCGAGCUCGCCUUCAUACUGUCCAAGCUUGACGAGUGGCAGCCUCCACACACCGAGAGGAACCUCGCUAAGGUAUCAGGGGACGUCUACUCAGAAGAGGAGAGGGUACAACUUCCCCGAGAUCUGCAGCAGUUCGCCUUCUCUAAGUUCAGCUCGGUAUACUUCGCUGAUGGCGGACACUUGAGCCCGAAGAAACAUCCCAUCACCAGGCCGUUCCUGGCUAAAGCUGCUGUCAGGGAUCAGGACUUCAACGAUGCAGUGGCUACAUUCAAGCUUAUACUGAGGUGGUGCGAUGAAACUGCCGCCGGUAAUGAAGCCAGGCAGAAGGUGUUAGCAGACUACAUAGCAUCUCGCGGGUUAUCGUCCCGCGGUCUUCGAGACGAGGUGCUGGUACAGGUGUGCAACCAGGCGAGUGGCGACAACUCUUCCGAGCGUGUGUGGCAGCUCAUGGCGCAUUGUCUAGCUGCCUUCCAGCCGGGACCGCCGCUGCAUAAAUAUCUAGUCCGCUUCGUAUCGGAACGUGCGCCGGCGUCGUGGCGGUCGCAGCUGCUGCGGUCGUUGUGCGGUCGCGGCGCGGCGGCGGCGCGGACCGCGGGCGUGGCGCGGCGCUGUCCGCCCACGCUGCUGGAGUGGCGGGCGGCGCAUAGUGAUGCUAAGCCUGCACUGCCGCUGCGGCUGUAUGACGACACAGUGCAGCACGUGAGCGUGGACUCGUGGACGUCGUGCGAGCGUGCGGCGGCAGCAGCGCUGGCGGCCGCCGGGGUGCAGCACAACGCGACUGGCUGGUCGCUCACUAUGGAACAUAAUGGACAGCUUACUGAAUGGGCGGGCUGCGAAUUCGCGCUGGACGCUGUCGGCGAAGUAGAAACAUGGGCAGCACUGCCCGGCGCCCGGCCCGAGCCGCUGCGAGCGUCGGGCGUCGGCCACGCGCCUGCCCGACAGUCCCCGCCUGCGCCGCCGCCGCGAGCGUCGUCCGUCGACACUGACAAGAAUGCUAGGCCACAGAUCCCACCACCAGAGCCACCAAAAUCUCGCUCACCAAGCAUACCGCGAAUGUUACAAGACUCCAUCAUCGACGAAGACAACUCCGAAUACAACUGGAACAUAGAAAAACGCGAGGACACGCACACAAGCAAACACACGAGCGAAUACUCAAAGCAUGUCAGCGAAUAUACGAAACAUAGCAACGAAUAUAAGCAUAACAACGACUAUUCUAAGCAUAGCAACGAUUACUCUAAGCACAGCAACGAAUAUUCCAGAAAAACUUCCCACGAUGUACUGUCUCGGGAGUCAGCAUUGAACGAACGAUACUUCGAACAAACUUCGGACAAAGUCCGCAGCAGGUCGCUAGACAAUCUUUUAGGUGACAACCCUGUGCCGCCACCGAACAAAUUAGCCGAUUUAGGGCUGUCACAAUCAAGACUGAAUGACCGAUAUCACUCGGUGGAGAGGUUAGUGGGGGCGCCGAGUGUGGCCAGUAGUAAGGGAGGUAUGGAAAUGGAGUAUGGAACAGGAUCGAGGGCUGUACCUUCGCGGUAUAUAAAGUCACAGUAUGCUGGGAAGCGCGCGCCGGCCGGCUCGCAGUCGAGUCGCGCUUAUAUCGAGAAGAGCUCGGAAUUUGGUGGUGUCAGGUCAUCAGCAAUGUCAGACACCUCUGAAGCACCAAGUCUUGCCUCACACGUGCGUCGCGUCCGCGUUCCGAGCCAAGCGUCAGACGUCGAUCAAUUCUUAGACGAUCUGUUCUCCCCUGUGCUAGACCCAAAUAUUGACGAGCUCUCAGACGCUCGAUCCUUAGCCGCCAGCAUCAAGGGAGGCAGAAACUACAGCGAUUUCAUCGACAGCGUCCUCAACUGCGAUUACAACGAACAAAUUGAAACAUUAAAUAACGUCCAAGAAGUCCAAAGCCUUAUCAAAGGUGGAGGCAAAGAGGACAAAGAAAAGGGAAGAACAAGUAGGAAGGAGUCCAGUGUGGACUCUGUCGAUGAUUAUAUCACGAACCUAUUCGAUCCUAUAUUCAUGAACGAUAGUUUAAAACGUCUGACUGAUGGGGAAGGCCUCACUGGUGCCAUAAAAGGAGGCGGAGCAACUCCAAGAGCUGCCUCCGCUAACACGUCCACUUUAAGUUUCGGAGCUCUGCCCCUCCCACCAACAAUGCCGUCCACUCCCGAAGCUCUGGCCGCUGCACUGGGACUUCAUCUACCCCCUCCGGGUACGGUCGACAUUAAUGCAUAUCAUCAGAACCUGCAGCGAGCAUUCCUUCAAAGUGCGAUGGCACAAAAUCUGCAGAUUCAACAGCAACUGCUGGCUCAGAACCAAGCAUUACAAACUCUUUUAGCUGGUCAGGUUGUUGAGCCCUCUGAAUCAGAGCCCACAUCACCAGUUCGGGCAUCCACAGUCGUGCACGCACAAGUCCACUCCCCACCGCGUAACGCAGUAAAGUUGCGGCGAGAGUCGAACGAGAGCAUGUCUGCGGGCGCUCCGCCCCCUCCCCCACCGCCGAUGCCUCCUCCACUACACUCGACCGAUCCCCUGGAAAUAAAGGGCUUCGUAGACCCUUACGGACGAGCGAAAACUGUCCGAAUCGGCAAAUGGAGAUGGCCUCCACCAAAGGAUGCAGUGGGCCAAGAACAAGCACAAGAUUUUACCAAAUUCAAACUGCGUCAGAUACAAAGACGGCACACGCCACAGUCACAGUCAAACGGCAUGGAACAUGAACCACCACGAGGUCGAUCCAAGUCAGAAACAACUCCAGGCAUCGAGUGGGAGGAGUUCGAGGUGGACGGUCCAGUUGUAUCACCGAGUAGAGAAGCGCCAAACCAACGGACAGCUAGACGAAGUUUCGAGAUCGGAGCUCAGCGUCCGUCACCAGGUAGCGUUGGGAAGCUCAAGUUGAGUUCCGAAAUGAGACAACGAUUGGAAAGAGUCACAGCCAAUCACUCUGUACGCAGCACGUCUUCUGCGGCAGAAACCCCGCGUACCAUUAACAAGUUAGAAGAUACUAGAAAGUUAAUGCUGGAGCGUCAGUUAGGAGGUGGGGCACGUUGGGACGCGCCGCCGCCGCCCCUGCCACCUGCGCCGCCUGGCCCUGCCCCUCCCCCGCCCAUGUCACCACCUACACCACCUGACGGUCCUGCGCCUCCUCCACCUGCACCCGACGCGUCAUCAACCUUCGCACAACUACGCCGCGACCGUGACACAUUCGGUGUUCAUCAAAACAGAGAGGCUGACGACCGUCACGCCUUCUUAGCUAACUGGAACUCACGACGCAGAGAGGAGUCCGAGCCUCCACCGUCUCGUGAUGACUUAGCCACACGGUUCCUCACAGCCGACAGGCGUCACUCCGAACGCAGAGUUAACGACUGGGGCGAUGAAUCUGAUGUCCGCAGCUACGAUGACCGAGGACAAAGUCGAGACGAAUGGGACUCAGAGUCAGGACACGACACAACUGGCCGUCGUGAUAGAGACAACUAUUCAGGCCGAGAAGCGUCGGAAAUUUACGAAGUACACACGACAAGAGCCGAACGAAGGAAAGAAGAGAAUGGUAUUGAAGAUUCAUUUGAUCGCAAGCGUUCUCCGUUCUACGAUGAUUUUGAGAGAUUUGAUGGCAGGAAGAAUUCUCGGGAUAUGCUUGUAGGAAGAGCGAGGGAAAGUCCGAGGUCUGAUAUAAUUUUCCCUCAAGAGAAUAAUGAUGCGAAGAGAACUGAAAGAGCUACGUUCAAGACUCACAUGGCGCAAAAGGAGAGAGACAGGAAAAUGGAGGCGGAGCGACGACAUUCCGUGUCUACUCACGUCACUGACAGGACUGAACAUAUCGAACGUGACGUGCCCGCCCCAGCAGCACUCCUGCCUUCAGACCGCUCAUUCCUCACAUACAGCAGAGUUCCAUGGAAGCUGCGAGUGCGCAAAGAAGUAUUCACUCCUCUAGAGACCUACAACGACCCAGCCAUAUUAGACCUACUUUAUGCUCAAAUUGUCCACGACAUAAACUCCACGCUCCCAUCUCUGCGCAUGAGUGCGAGCGAGCGUCGCGCCGGCGCGGCGUGGCUGCGCUCGCAGGCCGGGACGCCCGUCCGCGCGGCAACGAAGCGGCAAGCCGUAGAAAUGGCGCGCUCUUGGCCUUUUUACUUCGCUCGUUUAUUUGCAGCGAGAGUACCGCCAGGAGAGAAUGCUGUGUUAGCUGUGUCGCAUAAUGCUGUCACUAUUGGAGUUAAAGGUCCAGCCGGCCUCACCAUCCGCCGAUCGCUCUCCCUAAGCGGUCUCCGCGCAUCAUCAUCAGCCCCUCACUCCCUGCAGUUGUCAUCUUCCCGGGAACCGCCGCUGACGCUGCACGUACCAUUGGCUCAUCACGCGCAUGCUCUCAUUGCGGAGUACGCACUGCAGUAUACUCAAGUUCAACCCAAACCUACAACAAAUGGAGUUACAAAAGAACGAGUUUCAGAACGAGAUACCAGAGAGACGCGAGAGUCCCGAGACUCAAGAGACUCUCGGGAGAUUCGCGAAUUGCGCGAAGCGAGAGACUCUAGAGAAGAGACGGACCACGUAGAACGAAGAGCGCAGACGACGUCACCAGUACCACGGGAGAGGGAACGGGAGAGAGAACGGGACAGGGAUAGGGAUCGGGACCGGGAGAGAGAGAGGGAGUUAAGAGAAGAGAGGAGAGACCAGUCGACGCCACAGCACGACGGUAGGCAUCCGCUGCUCCAGUUUGCCGUCGACCACUUCAGACAGAGUCCAGAAUUAGAAAUCCUGAAAGCGGAUUCAUCUCUAAAGAGUAAAGCGAAACGCAACGAAUGGACAUGGAAGGCACAGACGGACGUCGUGAAAUGGCAGGCAACGCCGCUGCGAGCGCCAUUGCUGCGCCUACCGGCCGCGCUCGCGCCGCCCGCGCUCGAGUGCUUUACUUGCGUCCGCGCGUAUUGUGGCGAUCUGCAGCCCAAUGAAAGGCAGAUGCAUCAGGACUUGACUGAAGUUAAAUGUGUUUACACUGUGCUUAUGCACUGCCACUCAGUCCCAGAGCUUCGCGACGAAGUAUACUGCCAGCUGAUGAAGCAGACCACAUCCAACCGUUCACCAUCCGGCGACUCAUGCCAGCGCGCAUGGAGGCUCAUGUCAAUUCUAGCGGCGUACUUCACUUGUUCUGAUACGCUUAGGCCAUUCUUAGUAGAGUACCUAUCGGCAGCGGCGGCGGAUAGACGUCGCCCGUGCCAGGGCACGGCGGCUGUGUGCCUCGCCAACUUGCGCAAGACUCUCCGAUGUGGUGGCAGGAAGAAUGUGCCCAGUGUUGAAGAAGUGACAGCAGUAUCAGCGGGUCGUUCAGCUCGACGGCAGCUAUACCGGCUGCCGGGCGGCGCCGAGCGCGUCGUCAACACGCGCUGCGCCACCGUCGUGCAGGACAUCGUCAACGAGCUCUGUGAACUGAUCGGCGUAACAAGCGAAGCUGAACGGGCAGAAUUCUCCCUCUACUGCAUCGUGGCCGGCGACGCUCUCACCAUGCCGCUGGCGGGAGACGAGUACGUGCUGGACGUCACCACGGAGCUGCAGCGAGCUCAUCAUCCCUUCUACCUCAUCUUCUGUCGCUCUGUGUGGCACCACCCACUAAGGACUGACGCCCCGCCGCUGUAUACUGAAGUGCUGUUUAACCAGGUGGCUCCAGACUACCUAGAAGGCUUGCUCCUGGUCUUACCAGGGGGCGGCGCUCCCCCAGCCCCAGUGCUGCGUGACGUAGCCCUAGUAGCCGCACUGCUCCACCGUGCCGCAGGCCUAUCUGAAGGAGCGCAGGCCCGGGACUUGAAGUUCCUGCUGCCCAAGCCUCUGUUAGCGCUGAGAGAGCCUCGCCCGAACAAGUGGGCCUCCUGGUUAGCUGCUGAAUGGCAGCAUGUGAGGACUUUGUCUCCGGCCGCUGCCAAAGCUAAAGUUCUACAGGUAUUAUCUCGCUGGCCACUCUUCGGGUCAUCAUUCUUCGCGGUCCGUCGCGUGUCGGGCAACGGCGAGUGGCGCGAGCACGUGCUGGCGCUGAACAGGCGCGGAGUGCAUCUGCUGCACCCCAGCACACACGACACCGACACACGCUGGCCUUACGCCGAGCUCAUCAGCACCAGGAAGGUCCGGUCAGAAGACGGCACACUAUUCCUGGACGUGAAGUGCGGCUCGCUGUUGCAGCAACGUGUUACACGUCUGCAGGCGGAGCAGGCACACGAGGUGGCGCGGCUCGUGCGACAGUACAUCGCGCUGCAGAGAGACCAGAGGCACUCGCCAGCUUUCAACAAUUGAAAAGCGAAUGCGAACAUAUCGGAGCAACAGACUGGAACGAGUGUGUAGGCGCAGUGUAUCAUAGUGUAGUCAGUUAGUUCACGUACUUACCUCAACGCUGUCGAAUCCGUCCACUGAACACUUCUAGAUGUAAGGAGGAUUGAAAUGAUAAUAGGAUUUAAGGGCACAAUGUACAGCGCCACCUAGCGCUAGUCGUACGUACUUCUAUUUUCAUUUUAGUCACCGUUUGACCAAUAAGUAUUUAUAUAAGGGCAAUUAUUUUAAGAAACAAAUAAUCUCUUUAAACAUUCCAAUAAAAUACUUUUAACAACCAAAAAGUAUGAAAAAUUAUAGUUGUAUUAAUUUUGUAUACAUUUAAACACAAUGCAAUUAUUCCAAGUACACUCAUGUAAUAUAGAUUUUUAUCUAUCAAAGAUAAAUGAGAACCGUGGGUCAUUUGUUUCCCACCAAAACAUCAGGAACGAUCAUUCUGGAACCCACGAUUUGAAUACGAAAAAAUUGCAUGAGGUAUAUUUUACGCUCAAGAUUAUAUGAACUGAAAGAAUAAUUUUAUAUUUCGUAGAACAAUUUUUGAUUGAUUUGAAUAAUGCAUGAAAAUUGAUCAAGAAUAGUUCUACAAAACAACAAUAAUUUAGCUCACGUUGCUCAAAGUGACGACUUUGAACCUUGUUAAUAAAUGUGACAGCAUUAUGGGCGGGAAUAUUUCACCGCACCUUACACUAAAGGGGUCAUUGUCACAUCAAACUAUAGCACGAACCCCGGCUUCACUCGACAAGGCUUGUCGUCAUAGUACAUAUUAUAAUUAUGUAAUUAAAAUAGUUUGUAGAUAAAACAUUACGCCGUUCAUGGAAUUCGUAUUAUGUUGUCUAUAGUAUCGGUAUUUCCAUAAACAAUUUUUUAAUAUAUUAUCUACUUACUCAAAAACUUUUUUCUGUAAUCCAUUCCUAUGUGCCUUAUUUUUAUUCUGAUAUUCUAACAAAAGGUGCUAUUUUACCUUAAAUUUAAUGUACUCACUAAUAAUUGAUGUUAUUUUAAAGUCUUUAUUAUGAAAUUAUCCAAAGACCGCGAGGUCGGAGUCAUGUUUAAUGUAUUUACUUAUAUAUUUCGUUGUAAUGUAAAAUAUUUAAUGAAUCUGAUGUAUGAGAAUAUAUUGUAGAUAAUAAAAGUUAUAUUUUCAAA